GUGCCUUGUGGAUGUGCAUCGUGCUGAACCCCCACUGUAAACCCGAGCAGAAAUCGUCGUGGCUGCGCCAGCUGCGCCGGUGGAACAGCGUGGACGUCUGCCCCUGGGAGGACGGCAACCACGGCAACGAGCUGCCCAACCUCACCCACUCGCUGCCCCAGGGCGCUCACGCAAACCAAGAGAUGCGACCCCACAGGACCGUGUUCACGCGAGCCAUCGAGGCCUGCGACCUGCACUGGCAGGACCGACACCUUCAGCACAUCAUCGCCAGCGACCUCUACGCCAACUACUGCUACCACGACAGCCAGGAGGGCUCCCUGUUCGACUCCCGGGGGUGGCCUUUAUGGCACGAACACGUCCCAACGGCGUGCGCUCGGGUCGAUGCCUUGCGUUCUCACGGUUACCCRAGAGAAGCCCUGCGACUGGCCAUCGCUGUGGUGAACACGUUACGGAGGCAGCAGCAGAGGCAGCUGGAGCACUUUCGACGGCACAAAAAAGAGUUGCUCCAUAAAGGUCAUACCUCCAUAACCAACAUGGAGGGCUGGGUGGGACACCCUCUGGACCCCAUCGGCACCCUGUUCAAUACCCUGACGGAGUCGGGACGAGCGGGCGAGGAGGGCUCCAACACCUGCUUAGACCUCUCAGACUGCUCCAGUGUGGUGAGCCGAGCCGAGCUGCAGCGGAUGCCCGUGCAGCGGCUGCUGGGAGACGGCGAAUCGUACGCGGCGCUGGCGGUGGAGACGGCUCUGAUGGGCCUGGGCCAGCAGCGGGUGAUGCCCGACGGGCUGUACGCUCAGGAAAAGGUGUGUCGCAACGAAGAGCAGCUGCUGGCCAAGCUACAGGAGAUGGAACUGGACGACUCGCUGGUGAAGAUCUUCCGUAAACAGGCCGUCUUUCUGCUGGAAGCUGGUCAGUAUUCUGGCCUCGGAGAGAUUGUCCACAGAGAGAGUGUCCCCAUGCACACCUUCGCCCGCUAUCUCUUCACCUCUCUGCUACCUCACGACGCUGAACUGGCGUACAAAAUUGCACUGAGAGCCAUGCGGUUGCCCGUGUUGGAGUCCACGGCCUCUUCAGGUGACCUCUCACGACCUCACCACAUUGUGUCUGUAGUUCCAAACCGCUACCCGCGCUGGUUCACCCUGAGCCAUAUAGAGUCUCAGCAGUGUGAGCUGGCCUCCACCAUGCUCACCGCUGCCAAAGGGGACAGUCGAAGGCUGGAGACGGUUCUGGAGUCCAUCCAGAAAAACAUCCACUCCUCGUCUCACAUCUUCAAACUGGCGCAGGACGCGUUCAAGAUCGCCACUCUCAUGGACAGCCUGCCUGACAUUACGCUGCUCAAAGUCUCUCUGGAGCUCGGACUACAGGUGAUGAGAAUAACUCUGUCCACGUUAAACUGGAGGAGGAGAGAGAUGGUGCGCUGGUUAGUCACAUGUGCCACUGAAGUUGGUGUCUACGCACUGGACAGCAUCAUGCAGAGCUGGUUCACCCUCUUCACCCCUACAGAAGCCACCAGUAUUGUGGCCACCACCGUCAUGUCCAACAGCACCAUCGUCCGCCUCCACCUGGACUGCCACCAACAGGAGAACCUGGCUUCGUCCGCCCGCACACUCGCCCUGCAGUGCGCCAUGAAGGACCCCCAGAACUGCGCCCUCUCCGCUCUGACACUCUGUGAAAAGGACCACAUUGCCUUCGAGACAGCCUACCAGAUUGUACUGGACGCUGCCGCAACGGGAAUGAGCUACACGCAGCUGUUCACCAUCGCACGCUACAUGGAACACCGCGGCUACCCGAUGAGAGCGUACAAGCUGGCGACGUUGGCGAUGGCCCACCUGAACCUCAGUUACAACCAGGACACGCACCCGGCCAUCAACGACGUACUCUGGGCCUGCGCGCUCAGCCACUCGCUGGGCAAGAACGAGCUGGCCGCGGUCAUCCCCCUGGUGGUGAAGAGCGUGAAGUGCGCCACCGUGCUCUCGGACAUUUUGCGGCGGUGCACGCUGACCACGCCGGGCAUGGUGUCGGCGCUGCACAGCCGAAGGAACUCUGGGAAGCUGAUGUCGCUGGACAAGGCGCCGCUCAGGCAGCUUCUGGACGCAACCAUCGGGGCCUACAUCAACACCACGCACUCGCGGCUCACGCACAUUAGCCCCCGCCACUACAGCGAGUUCAUCGAGUUCCUGGGAAAAGCCCGGGAGACGUUUAUGAUGGCUCACGACGGACACAUCCAGUUCACCCAGUUCAUAGACAACCUGAAACAGAUCUACAAGGGCAAAAAGAAGCUGAUGAUGCUUGUGAGGGAACGGUUUGGCUGAGGGUGAGACUGGAGGUGGCCAAACCCUCCACUUCCACUCUAGUACUUUUCUAUUAACUUGAGUCUGCCUUUUGAACUUCUUUUGAACUAAUAGACAAGUGAGAAGGAAGUGACUUGUGACACGAAGCAAAAAGAGAAAGGAAAAGAUGACAAAAAAGUCAACAGAGCCACAUGCGGUAAUAUUGUUCUUGCUGUUAUUAUUGUUAUAAACAUUAUUACUAUUAUUAUUAUUAUUAUUAAUAUUAUUACUACUCUGUGUACAGAAGUGUUUUUAUUUUUCAGAAGAGAGGAAAUUUGUCACAUUGUGAAUGUUGUGUGUAUUUCUCUACAUGUGUGCGAGAUGAAAAUGAAAAGUGAAAUGGCUUUUAAAGAUUUUUUGUUUCUUUAUUUCUAUGAUUUUUAAAGCUUUUUAUUUUGUUUUAUUUUGUUUGUUUGUUUUCCCGAUUUCUGUGUAUGUUGAGUUACAUGUUGUUGAGUGGCUGAAGCCUUUGUACAAUAGCGCUCAUGUAAAAAACAACAAAAAAAAAGGAAGAAAAAAAAACCAA